AUGUUAACAGUGAGUGUAGUGCUUGUAUGUUUGGCAGCCUCUCUUCUGCUCAUGCAGUUCCUGGGAAUGCAACGGAAGCGAAGACAGCUUCCUCCUGGACCAGCUCCACUCCCCCUCUUUGGGAAUCUGCUGCAGAUGAAGUUCCAAAUUCACCAUGACUUCCUUAACCAGAUGGCCAGCACGUAUGGCAAGAUUUUCACCUUAUGGCUUACAAGCGUACCUGUAGUUGUUCUACAAGGGUACCAGGCAGUGAAGGAGGGGAUGACUGCCCAUGCUGAAGAGGUUGCUGGGAGGCCGUUAAGCAGAGCCUUCAAGUUUUUGACAAAUGGAAAUGGUGUUAUGUUCUCUAAUGGUCAUCUCUGGAAGCAACAGCGGCGCUUUGGGCUCCUAACAAUGAGGAAAUUAGGAGUAGGGAAACAAAGCCAGGAGUGUCAAAUCCAGGAGGAAGCCCGUCACCUGGUUCAGUACCUGCGGAACACCAAAGGAAAACCUGUGGACCCCACUGUGCCUGUUACUCAUGCUGUCUCCAAUGUAAUUUCUGCUCUGAUUUUGGGACACCGCUUCUCCAUAGAAGACAAAAGAUUUCUCCGCUUGGUUGAAGCUGUGGACGAUAUUUCAGCAUUUGCAAACAGCAUCUCAUUUUAUGUCCACGAUCGACUUCCCUGGAUUGCAACCUGUUUUCUAACACGGUGUAAGAAGGCUUUGGCCAGUAUACGUACUAUGAGGGCUCUAUUAGAAGAGGAAAUUGAAAGCCACAAAGGAAAAACAGAUGGAAAUCAAGAUUUUAUUGGUUACUAUUUGGAUCAGAUGGCUAAAUCCAAAGAAGAUGCUGGUGCUACAUAUGACAAGGCCAAUUUGACACAGAAUGUUUUUGACCUUUUCCUGGCUGGCACAGAAACAACAGCCACCACUUUGCGUUGGGCAUUGCUUUACAUGGUGGCUUAUCCUGAUGUUCAAGAGAAAGUCCAUCAGGAGCUGGAUGCAGUCCUGGGCAGUUCCCGUUUAAUUUGCUACACAGACAGAAAAAACUUGCCGUACACAAAUGCUGUAAUUCAUGAAAUCCAACGAUACAGUAAUAUUGUCUUAAUUGCACUUCCCAGAUAUACUGUGAAGGACACGGAGCUGCUGGGAUUUCCCAUUCCAAAGGACACCAUCGUUCUGGUCAAUAUUGACUCUGUUCUGUCCGAUCCUGAAAAAUGGGAAACACCUGAUCAGUUCAACCCGGGACACUUCCUUGAUAAAGAUGGAAACUUUGUACACAGAGAAGCAUUCUUACCAUUCUCAAUAGGGCACCGUGCAUGCAUGGGGGAACUGCUGGCAAGGCUGGAGCUUUUCAUCAUCUUCUGCACCCUGAUGCAGGCGUUCACCUUCACCCUGCCAGAUGGAGUGAAAGAAGUCAACACCAAGUUUGUUUUUUCCACUACAAUGAAGCCACCUCCACACCAGCUCUGUGCCAUUCCUCGAUAG